AUGGGUAGAGGGAUAGCAGCAAACUUCCGUGUUUUGAGGAAGGGAAGGGAAAAGGGAAAACAGCUAAGCCUUGUCAAUUUAAGCGAAUACACAUCAUGUGCAGAUUUAAACGAAUACACAUCAUGUGCAUAUCUGCAUGUUCACCGGUCAGUACAAAUUUUAAGAGACAAGCAAGAGUUAGCUGAGACUCAGAAAGAACUAGCCAAGCUUCAACUUGCUCAGAAGGAAUCAUCUUCCUCAAACCCUUCACAGUCCAAUGAGGACAGAUCCUCACCUGCAGAUCCUAAAAAAACUGAUAAUGCAUCUGAUGCGAACAACCAUCAGUUAGCUCUUGCCCUGCCUCAUCAAGUUGCUCCUCAGCAGCAGCCUGCAGGAACCCCGGCCCAAGCUCCACCACCAAAUGUGAAUCAACCCACUCAACAACCUGCUUAUUACAUGCCGCCUGCUCCUGCAGCGUCUCAGCUCCCCCAGAAUCAAUAUAUGCCUUCUGAUCAACAAUACCGAACCCCCCAACUACAAGACAUGUCCCGGGUGGCUCCACAACCAACACCAUCUCAAAUAAACCCUCCCACACCUGUGCAACAAUUUUCUCAGUAUCAGCAGCAGCCGCAGCAGCAGCAAUGGCCUCAGCAGGGUCAACAACCCUCAAUGCAACCUCAAAUGAGACCCCCCUCAUCAACUGUGUAUCCUCCAUACCAGCCAAGCCAAGUAUCAAAUCCAUCAUCCACAGAUACACAGCCAACCAGCAUGCCCAUGCAAAUGCCAUACUCAGCAGGGGUUCCGCAACCAGGAUCCAGCCGUGCUGAUUCCAUGCAAUAUGGAUAUGGUGGAACUGGUAGAACAGUUCCCCAGCAACCCCAACCCCAGCAAAUCAAGAGCACAUUUCCUUCACAACCAGGUGACGUGUAUGGAGCUGGUGGGACACACCAGACACUCCCCCCUUCUCCUGGUAAUGCAUACAUGAUGUAUGAUGGUGGUGAGGGAGGAAGGACACAUCAUCCACCACCUCAACCCUCACAUUUUGCUCAAUCUGGAUAUCCUCCAACAAGUGCUUCCCUUCAGAACCCUAAUCUCAUGGUUCGAAAUCCUAGCCAGUCACAGUUUGUGCGCAAUCAUCCUUACAAUGAGUUGAUUGAGAAAUUGGUGAACAUGGGAUUCAGGGGUGACCAUGUGGCGAGUGUGAUACAAAGGAUGGAGGAAAGUGGACAAACCAUAGAUUUCAAUUCUGUUCUUGAUAGGUUGAGCGUGCAUAGCUCUGUUGCCCCCCAGAGAGGAUGGUCAGGGUGA